UCAUCCCUUUAGACAUAUAGUACUUAAUCCUAAUAUUGAUUUUAUUACUUUUAAUAAAUUUUUAUUAUUAACUUAAAGAGGUUUAAUUUAUUCAAGUAAAUGUUUAAGAGGACCAUCGGAAAAAUAUAUUAAAAAUAAAUCUAUAUAAAUUAAAAAACCUAAGAAUUCAACUGGUAAUAUCUUACUCUUAGAUUUAGAUGAAACAUUAAUACAUAGUUGUGGAUUGAAUGAAAAUCCAGAUGCAGUAAUAAUGGCUUAAGAAGAAUAUAAUAGUUAAAAAUAAUUUUAAAUUGCAUUUAGAAUAAGACCAUAUUGUAUAGAGUUUUUAUAAUAAGUUUCCAAAUAUUGGGAUAUUUAUGUUUUUACGGCUUCUUCAGCUUCUUAUGCUAAUGCAAUUGUUAACUAUUUAGAUAGUUAAUAAGAAUAUAUUCAUUAAGUUUUAACAAGAUAGAAUUGUAUGGAAACUAAGAAUGGGUUUUUUAUUAAAGAUUUGAGGAUUAUAAAAGAUAUAGAUUUGUAAAAAGCAGUUAUUGUAGAUAAUCUUGCACAUUCUUUUGGACUAUAAAUUGAUAAUGGAAUUCCUAUUUUAGAAUGGCUUAAUGAUAAAAACGAUGUCGAAUUAAAAUUUUUAAUAGGAUAUUUAAUUGAGGCAGCUUAGGCUGAGGAU